AUGCUUCUUGUGGACACACACCUGAAGAAGAUCGAAUUGGACGAGGAUCUCAAGACAAGAAUCGCUCUUUCCCGUCCACAUAAGCAACUCUCCUCGUCGAGAAUCUACUUGGAUUUGAUCCGAAAGGAUGAUGUGCUUUCCCAUGGUGCUGUCACCAACGAGUUCCUCAACCGUCUUCACCUGGAACAAGUCAACCCAGGACUCAUCAAGAAGAAGGAUGUUCACCUCGACUCUGAUCGCCGCUUGGCUCUCUACGCCUACACCCAUGACACGUUCAGUCUUCUUUUGGUUCCAAUGAUCAAAGAGAAAAAGGAAGCGUUGGGAUCUAUGGGAAAUGACGCGGCGCUGGCUUGUCUGUCGGACUACAGUCCACUCCUGUUCAGCUACUUCCAGCAACUCUUCGCUCAGGUCACCAACCCGCCAAUCGACCCGUUCCGUGAGCAAAUUGUGAUGUCGUUGAGAUGUCCAAUCGGACCAGAGUCUAACAUGUUGGAGCCAGAUGCCGAAUUGGCUAGUCGACUCAUUCUGGAGCAGCCAGUUCUUUCAAUGGUUGAUAUGGAGGUGAUCAAACGCACCAUGUACAAAGGAUGGAAGUCCAAAGUGAUUGACAUUACCUAUCCGGUCAAAUAUGGAGUGAAAGGACUGGUCCCUGGUCUCGAUGCGAUGUGUUGUGUCGCCUGCACAGCUGCUCUGGAUGGAUACCAAAUGCUCGUCUUAUCUGACCGUAAUGCUAGUGCUGAACGUGUCCCAAUCCCAUCUCUUCUCGCCGUUGGAGCCAUUCACCAAUGCCUCAUUCGCCAUCGUCUCCGUAUGAAGGUGGCAAUUAUUGUGGAAACUGGAGAGGCUCGUGUCGUUCAUGACUUCUGUGUCCUUCUCGGAUUCGGAGCAGAUGCUAUCUGCCCUUACAUGGUUUAUGAGACAAUGUACCGUCUUCGCAACCUGGGUCUUUUGGAUAAGGAGCUCAAUGACGAUCAAGUUUACCAAGGCUACCGUCAGGGAGUUGAACGUGGUAUCUUCAAGGUUAUGGCGAAGAUGGGAAUCUCUACACUCCACUCUUACAAGCACGCCCAAAUCUUCGAAAUCGUGGGACUUGCCAAAGAUGUCGUCGAGAUGUGCUUCAAAAACACGGUCUCGCGUCUUGGAGGAGCUACCUUCGAAAUUUUGGCUGCCGAAGCAUUGAAGAGGCAUCGGUCUGCCUUCCCCACGACGAGUGACGCGUCAUUUGAUUCCUGGAACCUGAAAGGAGUCGAAUAUGGUGACUCCAAAACAUUGGUCGCUAGUGGAACAUUCCAUUGGAGAGCCGGUGGCGAGAAGCACAUCAACGAACCAUUGGCAGUUGCCAAACUUCAGGCUGCUACUCGUCUGAACAACUCGAAGACGUUCCAAGAAUACUCUCAGGCAUCGAACAUGGCGCAACGUUGGUGCACUCUCCGUGGACAACUUGAGAUCAAGACUAGCAAGAAGAUCCAGAUUCCAUUGUCCGACGUUGAACCUGCUAGCGAAAUCGUCAAGCGUUUUGUGACUGGAGCAAUGUCUUUUGGAUCCAUCUCUUGGGAAGCUCACACUGCUCUUGCUAUUGCUAUGAACAGAAUUGGAGCCAAGUCGAAUACCGGAGAAGGAGGAGAGAAACCGGAGAGAUACCGCAAAGACCAAGAUCCAAAUGAGAAUCUCCGCUCAGCUAUCAAGCAAGUUGCCUCUGCUCGUUUCGGAGUCACCUCGUCCUACUUGGCCAAUGCCGAUGAGCUUCAAAUCAAGAUGGCUCAAGGAGCUAAACCAGGAGAGGGAGGAGAACUUCCAGGACACAAAGUUACCAAGGACAUUGCUGACACGAGAAAAUCAACUGCUGGAGUUGGUCUCAUCUCACCACCACCUCACCACGACAUCUACAGUAUUGAGGACCUCGCUCAGCUCAUCUACGAUCUGAAGUGCGCUAACCCUGUGGCACGUGUCAGUGUCAAGCUUGUCUCCGAGGCAGGAGUCGGAAUCAUUGCUGCUGGUGUUGCCAAGGGAAAUGCUGACCAUAUCACUGUCUCCGGACAUGACGGAGGUACUGGUGCUUCAAGUUGGACUGGUAUCAAACACGCUGGAUUGCCAUGGGAGUUGGGAGUUGCUGAGACUCAUCAAGUCCUCACAAUGAACAACCUUCGAUCUCGUGUAGUCCUUCAAGCUGAUGGUCAAAUCCGUACUGGUCGUGAUGUCAUGAUUGCCGCACUUCUUGGAGCUGAUGAGUUCGGAAUGUCCACCGCUCCACUGAUCGUUCUUGGAUGCACAAUGAUGAGAAAGUGUCAUCUCAACACUUGCCCAGUCGGAGUUGCCACACAGGAUCCAAUUCUCCGUGCCAAGUUCGAAGGAAAACCAGAACACGUUGUCAACUACAUGUUCAUGGUCGCUGAAGAAGUUCGCUACUUCCUCUCCAAACUUGGUCUCAAGAAGUUGGAAGAAGCCGUUGGUCGCACCGACCUUCUCUACGCUUCCUCUAAUCCAGUCAACAAGAAAGCUACUAUGUUGGAGUUUGGAUCUAUCCUGAAAAACGCCCAACAAAUGUUCCCAAAUGUCUCCAUCCGAGGAGGAAGUGUCAAGCAAGUCAUCGAACUGGGUGCUCUCGAGACAAGAUUGCUCACAGAGAUUGCUGAAGUCUUCAGUGAAAAUGGACACCACAAGGUCUUUGACAACGAGAUGAUUACUAAUCUGGACCGUACUUUCGGUACCAGAAUCUCAUACGAGAUCUCAAAGAGAUAUGGAGAGUUGGGACUGGAAGGAUCUCGUUCCAUCACAAUCAACUUGAAGGGACACGCUGGACAAUCGUUCGGAGCAUUCUUGGCCAAAGGAGUCAGUAUCACUCUUGAAGGAGAUGCGAAUGACUACGUCGGAAAGUGUCUCUCCGGAGGAAAAAUUGUUGUCUUCCCACCAAAGAACGCCUCAUACAAGUCGGAGGAGAACUCCAUUAUUGGAAACGUCGCUUUGUACGGUGCUACAUCUGGAGACUGUUGGUUUAGAGGAGUCGCUGGAGAACGUUUUGCUGUCAGAAACUCUGGAGCCAAUGUCAUUGUGGAAGCGGUCGGAGACCACGGUUGUGAAUACAUGACUGGUGGAAGAGUCAUUGUUCUUGGAACCAUCGGACGCAACUUUGCUGCUGCCAUGAGUGGAGGAAUUGCUUAUGUGUUUUCACAAGAAAACAACUUCUCCCGUCUCAUAAACGCUGCCACUGUUGAUCUCGAUGACGCCAGCACUGAAGAUCUCAUCUUCGUCAAAUCCAAGAUUGAGGAAUUCGUCAAGCUGACUGGUUCCGAGCUCGGACAACGUAUCCUUACCAACUGGCAGAAGGAACAUCAAAAGAUCAUCAAAGUGUUCCCAAAAGACUACAAGAGAGUUCUUGCUGAACAAGAGGAGGCUCGAAAGAAGCAAGCCGAGUUGGAUAAGGCUAAUCUUGACAUGAGUUUGCUCUCGGUGGAUGACUCUAAGCCACGUACCCGUACUCUCUCCAUGGACAUGCAGAUUGCUCCAACCAUCCGACUUCACAACAAGAAGCAAAAAGACGCUCCGAGAAAGAAGAGCUUGCUCGGUGACAACCGAAAGCAACGCCGUCUCUCGAAGAGCUUGAGACCACAAGACUUGGCUGGAUUUGAGAAUGAAGAGGACUUGCAAGAUGCUGCCGACUUGGAAGAAGAGGAAGAGUCCAAGUCAGACCUCGAGGAUCUCUCGGACGAAGAAGAGUUUGUCGAGAAGAAGCCAAGUGUGGACAUCGAGAGUCUUGGAGUGCCAGCUCACCUUCGCAAGAAGGACGAACCUCUCGACAAGCUUCGCGGAUUCGUCAAGUACAACCGUCAAAAGAAGAUCUACCGUGAUCCAAAGGAGCGUCUCAAUGAUUGGGACGAGGUCUACGACUUUGAAGCUAUUCGCAGCAACAUUCGUGAGCAAGCUGCUCGUUGCAUGGACUGUGGAGUUCCAUUCUGUCAAGGGCACUCUGGAUGCCCACUCGGAAACAUCAUUCCAAAGUGGAACGACUUUGUGUUCAAGAAGAACUGGCGUCAAGCUCUCGAGCAACUUCUCCAGACUAACAACUUCCCAGAGUUUACUGGACGUGUCUGCCCAGCACCAUGUGAGGGAGCAUGCACACUUGGAAUUGGAUCACCAGCUGUCACUAUCAAGUCAAUUGAAUGCGCAAUCAUUGAUUACGCUUUCAUGCAAGGCUGGAUGAAGCCAAGCAAACCAGCAUUCAACACUGGCAAGCGAAUCGCUAUCAUUGGAUCUGGACCAUCUGGACUUGGUGCCGCCGCUCAGCUCAUUAAGGUCGGACACACUGUUGUUGUCUACGAACGCAAGAACCGAGUCGGAGGUCUUCUCAGAUAUGGUAUCCCAACCAUGAAGCUUGACAAGUUCGUCGUGGACCGCCGUGUGCAACUUCUGGAGCAAGAAGGUGUACGAUUCCUCACCAACACUGAGAUUGGAAAGCAUGUCCCAGCUGACUUCCUUCUCAAGGAAAAUGAUGCCAUCAUCGUCUGCACGGGAUCCACCACCGCUCGUGACUUGACUGUUGAAGGCCGUGAUGCCAAGGGAAUCUGCUUCGCUAUGGAAUACCUAGAGAAGAGUCAACGCCGUCGUGCUGGAGAUGAUGUCGCCUGGGAGGGACUUGACCCAUCUAACAAGAAGGUCAUCAUUCUCGGUGGAGGAGACACCGCUACUGACUGUAUUGCUACUAGCAACCGUUUGGGAUGCAAGACUGUUGGAGCUUUUGAAAUUCUUCCACAACCAGGACCUGAACGCAAGCCAGAGAACCCAUGGCCAGAGUGGCCACUCAUCUUCCGUGUGGACUACGGUCAUGAGGAAGCUAAGGAGAAGACUGGAUCGGACCCACGUACAUAUUCUGUCUCCACCAAACGGUUCCUUACCACCACCAACUCUGCCGGAGUCAAGGUUCUCACUGGUUUGGAGAUUGUCGAUGUCGAGUGGGAGAAGGAUGACAAGGGUGCGUGGAAGUUGGUCGAGAAGACCGAGACGAUCAGAACCAUUGAAUGUGAUCUCUGCAUUCUUGCCAUGGGAUUCGUCGGACCCGAAAAGACUGUCAUCGAGCAGCUCAACUUGAAGACUGACCCACGUUCCAACAUCCUCACACCAAAGGACAAGUACGACUCGGAAGUCGCCAAGGUCUUUGCUGCUGGUGACUGCCGUCGUGGACAAUCUCUCGUUGUGUGGGCUAUUCACGAAGGACGACAAGCUGCUCGCCAAGUUGAUGAGUAUUUGAUGGGAAAGACGACGUUGGCUGGACCAGGAGGAAUUGUCACUGCUCCUAUUCAACACAAGAACGCUAUCUGA